AUUAUGAUGUUCUGCGUUGCUCUGCUCUGAUGCAGGGGGUUUCCAUCAUGGCGUCGAUGCAGAAAAGACUUCAAAAGGAACUAUUAGCUCUGCAGAAUGAUCCACCCCCUGGAAUGACGCUAAACGAAAAAAGUGUGCAAAACACAAUUACACAGUGGAUUGUUGAUAUGGAAGGAGCCUCGGGCACACUCUACGAAGGAGAGAAAUUUCAGCUGCUUUUCAAAUUCAGUAGUCGAUAUCCUUUUGAUUCGCCUCAGGUAAUGUUCACGGGGGAGAAUAUACCUGUCCAUCCUCAUGUAUAUAGCAACGGUCACAUCUGCCUAUCCAUUCUAACAGAAGACUGGUCACCGGCACUGUCAGUGCAAUCAGUCUGUCUUAGCAUUAUCAGCAUGCUGUCAAGCUGCAAAGAAAAGAGACGGCCCCCUGAUAACUCGUUCUACGUAAGAACGUGCAACAAAAAUCCAAAGAAGACUAAAUGGUGGUAUCAUGAUGAUACCUGCUAAUGUAUAAACUUUGUAACAGCCCUAGGAGACAGAAGUCCUACUGACCUACAUGAAGCACUUUUUAAUCAUUCAGUCUUUGAACUCUGACCUUAGACUGGAAAAAUGGACACCAUGCGCUGGAGACUUGACUGCAUUUCCCCCUGGGCAGUUGGAUGCAUGUUUUAGCCGGUUGUAAUAUACAAUAUAAGAAAAUAAAGGAACGUUAUAUGCACCCAACAUGGAUUGUUUUGACAACAGGUAGUUAUGCAGCAAGCAAGAUGGUUUUGUAGUGAGAUUAUUAUAUUUCUUGUUUCAAGAUUAACUUGUCUAUUUUAAUUUUUUAGUUUUUAUGGGUACAUUUUAAGGUCCUUGUGUAUUGUGCAAUAAUAAUAAUGAAGGAUGCAUGCUUGGGCCUGCAAAGAGAUAUCCAAAUCUAAUCAUCUGUCUGGAAGGAAUCUGAGCGUUUUUACCAGUUAAUUCCCCUAUGUAUUGUCUGAAAUUACAUGCACUGUGAAAAAGAAAUCUAAAGGCACAACUUAAUGUUAUUCCAAACAGGCUGUUGUACUGUAAUCUACCCACCAUUUUAGUUUUCAGGUGACAGGGUUUUGAAAUGGCUUUUACGUUGCUAACCUUUGAUUCAGAAAUUAUAUUCUCUUACCUCUCAUCUUCCAAGGACAGGCCAAACUGCAGUUGGUUGACAGAAUGUUGGUACUGAUAAGGUUAAAAAUACAAGCAAUGGCAAACUUAUCACUUAGCUUCAUGCACCUCUCUUUAGUGGCCUGAACUCAAGUAAUGUCCAGUCCAAGCCCAGAGAUGUGUAACAGUAUCACUUUCAUGUAACGAAUGUCUGUAAGAGAACUUAGUUGUGUGAUCCAUUUUUAUUUGUAUCUUACCUUUUUAUUUUAUUUUUGAUUGCUUUAAUCUGCAAAAUGUCUGAUUUUAAAUAUUGUACCUUUCAAGUCGUUAAUAUUUGGAAAUGGGUAUACGUUUGAUGGGAUAGCUUGUGUAUUUAUGUGUUAUUUAAUUUAAAAUCUCUAUUUGGAUCUCCAGCACAGUGGUAAAGGGUGACAGGUGUCUGUUUAGAAAUCUGCAAGACAAGAGACUCCCCUGGUCAGAGUUUUGGCUCAGGUACUUUUUUCAAUAAGAGAUCACCUCUUAAAAAAAGAUUCCUAUCAGAUAUUUUGCAUUUACCUAUAUUUUCACCAAAAGAGACUGUUACUUUGUGAAAUUAUAACAUGUCUAAAACUAUUGUAAAUAAGUCUUUACAUUUUGAAAUGUUAUGACCGAUGUUAGCAGUGGGUGCAGUUUCUUUACAUUAUAGGGGAAGGACUAGAAGAGGGCUUUUUUCAUUCAAAGUUUCUCUGCAGUUUAUCAUUUUAGAAUUCAGUCAGUUAAUCAAAAACACAACUACUGUCGGUCGAAGGUUUAGUAGUUUUAACCGUAGGGGUGCAUGCAAAUUUAAACCCAUCAUAUUAUUAUUAUUAGCACCAAACCAGGCAACAACCAUAGUAAAUAUCCCACUUCUAUAAACAGUUUAAUUGGAUGGAUCAGCAGACAGUGCUACCUGCUGGAGGCCAUACAGAUAGGUGUUGUUUCUGACAGUAAUCACUCCAUUCCUAUAGAUGGGUUUCCUGUCGCCAUUCAUUCAGAAAAUAUACUUGAAUUUCACAUUCUGGGUUAUUUCUUUGUGUGUUUUUUUUGCUUUGAUGUCCAUGGGUCUGAGUCUUGACUGAAUCUGAGUGAAUGAUGGUAUAGAGAUUACCACGGCACACUGGUAUCUAGGAACUAUAUUAAAAACAUAAAGAUGUCUAUCUACCUUUUUGUGUAUUACACUGUAGUGGUUCUGCUGUUGUUUUAUGCCGAGAACUGACAGCAGGACUAAAUCGAUUUUGUAAAUUCAGUCACAAUGGCAUUAGUGUGUGAACAAAAAGCCUUCAUCCAGUGACAGUAGGCAAGUUGAGUUUUUGAAAAACCCUGGAGUGAAUACAAUCUAAAAGAGGAUUUGGAUGGCUUUUACUUGUUUUUUUUCUUUUCUUCUUUGGUUUAGGCUUUGUAAAAAUUUUAAAUGUGGUUUGAAUUCUUAGCUUGCAGGUUGUUGUGAGUGAUAAACACUAAUGGGGUGUUAUUAUUUAUAUUUUGAGAAUUUGUUUUCUGGGAUGUGCAAGCUCCAUGUAAGAGGUGCCUGUUCAUUUUCAUAAUCAAUAAUUAAAGCAGAGAUUCACUUUUAAUUCAAA